AUGCCUAUGCAUGGAAACAUAUGUUAUCUAUCCCGCUUCCUAAGUCUUCGCUCAAGAUUCCUGUCGUCAUUCAUGCAACACAAAAGCUGUGCGCUACUUUAAAAGAGCCCCUUGGGCAACGAUUAAAGAGAAACUGACUUGUUAGACAUGUCAUCUAGUGUGGGAGCAUAUACAGGGGGUGGUCCAAGUGGGCAAUUCCAGAACACUAUCGAUUGGGGCCUUAUCGGUACAUCGACAGUCUCGGCCACACUCGACAUACUCUCUCGCUAUUGCGCCGCUGGAGUAGAUCAUUACACAGCAUCGAUCGGGGAAUUUCUCUGCAAUCACUGGUUUCAGCUUUCAACGAAUGGCCAGCGACGUAUGACGGAUGUUUUAGAGUCACUGUCAUGCAACAGCACGAUGGGUGAUCGCGUGUGGAUGGGAUUCGGCCGUCGCCACAUUGCCCGGAGUUUAUCGAGCACAUCCCAAGGCACUGUAUGUGUAGCUUUCUGUGGUGCACUUGCGGAAUGUUUUGAUGAAGAAGUCGCUGCAGAGAUUCUUCACGAGAUGGUCAAGACUAUAAAUGCACCAACCCAACUCACGCCAUCAAUAUUGCAGUGGAAGAACUUGAUAAAAGUUUGUGCUGGAAUAUUGUCGCAGUCGGACUUCGGCAGCUUCGUGGAGGAGUUGAUUCAACACAACCCGACAUACUGGGAUCUCGAUACGGAUUCCCAAAGCUAUCACAAGGCUGACAGGAGCUCAUGUCAAAAUCCCAAGUUGAUUGCUGAAGCCAUCCAAGCAAUCGGAGAUGUUUCUAAAGGUAAACUUGGUGAGAUAACGAUAAUGGGUGGCAAUGCCAUCGGUUGGCUUGCGGCAAUCUCCGAGUGGCUAUUUAGUCUCUCCACGUCGCUGGAAAUCGGGGAUGGGACAGUCAUUUAUCAGAGUAUACCGAAAAAACGUAUACAGGCGCACUUUAUCUUCAACACUACAUCCUCCAACCGCUCAAGUGGCCAGUUCUCAUAUGAACUGCAAUGCGUUGGCAAAGUGUACAACAUCGAUGAUCCAACAAUGCUCUUCCGAACGAGAAGCCCGAGCGAUGACGGCCCAAUGUGUGGAGGGCGAUUAGCCUGGGCCAACAUUUUCCAACGGUUUUUUGGGUCGACGUUCGAAUCACUUAUCCAGGACGAGAGACGAGCUUUCGAAAGUAUCAUCGGAAGUGUAGCAAGGAUGCUGAGCGCUAUUGUGAAAGCAGAUAGCAAGAUACCACGUCGCUCAAUAGCUGCAUGGCGGCUGUAUGUUUUCGCCUCACAUGGUUUGGGAUUCGUCGAAUUCAUCACGUGGCGGUUUCCUGAAUUGGCUCCUUUGCGAGCUGGUUUCGAGUCGAGCUCAAUCUGUACACUGGAGGAGGCGUGUUCAUCUUACGAAAACUCGCUGACGAAGCUUAAGAUAACAUGCGCAGCACGUGGUUGUCACGCAUGCAGUUACUCCGCGGAAAGGGAUCCGAAGUCUGAGCGAUAUUGUCAGCCCACUGUGGUCAAGACUAUCAUAGCACUAGCCCUAACACUUGCGUCCACUGAGAUUGCCAAAGACUUGUUUAUCAAAAGCGCAGGUCUCUGGAGAUUCUAUCAUUGUCAACGCAAAAUAGAAAAGACGAAAUAUCCGCCUGCUUCGGAUUCUGGACCAGCCAGCGUGGGGGGAGUGUACAGCAGUUUCUGGAACUGGGCGUCCAUGGCGGCUGUUGGAUCUGGAUGGAAUCGACAGUUUGGCGAUUACAUCAUGCUCUUUUACGGUAAUGAAGGCUACAAUCUGAUGUCGACAAGGAACGCUACUGCCGUAUCAACGGGUGGGAUAUGUAUCUACUCCAAGGUCCUGGAUCCUACCACCUUUUCCACUUUGGAUGUCGAAAAGACAUCGUUGGUUUACAUCUGCGCUGGAGGCAUCGAGCAUGAAGGAAAACCAUACGACCUAAUCAAAGACGAUGACAGACCAUCAGGCACAAAUGGGCCGGCACAUGGAGCGUUAGAUCCGUAUGAUGCGUCUUGGAAACAUUCGAAGAUCUAUGGAAAAGUUCGGGAAACUACUCAGGGCCUAAGAGUUUCUUAUCAGAUGGCUCUAGGUGAUGCGGAAAGCGAGAAGUAUAUCACCAUCUGGCCAGCGCAGCUCGCAGAAGACAUCGCGUACUCUAGAGGCUGGGUAGACUGUGAUGGUUCUGGCUGCCCAAGGAUCAUGGAUCUCACACGCUUGGUUCAGGACGACGAGUCUGGCAAAUUUGAAACACUUGGCAUGAAAUUUUGCGUCAUACCGAACGAUCCUAUGGCAAAGUGUGCCGCAAUCACUGUCGCUUUCCAGAACAAAAGCUGCGGUAGGGUACUGAUGCGGGAAGGAGCAUGUUUACAAUGCUGCAUCGGGACAGCUCUGCGAGGCGACACUGACAGUAAUUACCAAAAGGCGUAUUAUGCAGAGGACCGGCGAGCUCUAACGUGGUUUAUUGUGUAAGGCUAGUUAAUGAUCCAAGUUGUUACGUAGUAUUUGAACGUCUGAGGAUGCUCCCGCACAAAUGCUAGAUCGAACCCUACAAACUAAUGGGAAACGUGUCAGUGAAGGGGAGUUGAGAGGUCGUCAAAAAAAGCCAAAUGGUGGAAAUUUGACACAUAAGGGGAGAGGAUACGGACGGAAUCAUGAAACCCCCCAGCUCACUUCAUCGGUAGAGUCAUUGAAAAAGGCAUUUUUUUCAAGUGUGAAAUCGAAACACAUCAUGAAUUUCA